AUGGGAAAUCAACCGUACUCUCAGGUCAUCGAAGCCAACCCUAUCGGGAAUGGCCUUGAUACCUUUCGUGGCUCUUUCAAUUCAAUAUGUGAAGGUGCGAGUAUUUCCUGUACUCCAGAUGCUCUUGAGCUGCUUGGCCAAGAAGAACUCCGGAAACUCGUCCUUGCUUUCCUUUCUGUGGCGCAAAAUCUUCCUGCAGCCCGUGCACUUCCCGCAAGGACAGGCCGUGGCACACUCCGCAGCGAUCUCCUGCGGUUGGAACUCUCACUCGACUCUGAUGACUUCGACCUCCACCGAAUUAAACCUCUCCUACGGCUAACGCUCGCCGACAAAUCCGACGAUGCGCUUAUCUGGAAUCUCGUCUAUGACGCCGUCACCGAAUCCACCCCGCCUCCCCGACAGGUAGCUUCUUCCAUCCAACAGACUCCAUGGCUGCGCAAUACCAGCAGCUUCGCGAACUCGUCCGAGCAUCGCAAAUAUGUGGACGAUGUGCUGAAGGAGGAGCUUGGCCCUAUGUAUGUCGGGCUCCGCAAUUUUCACAGCACAUACUUUGGGGGCGUGACCGAACUUCAGACAGCGGCCCAGGCGUUCUUCGAGCAAUGCCUCGAAGGUAGUGAUCCACUCUUUGAGGACGGUUGGAAGGGAUGGCCCAGGGAUGCGAACCAGGAUGAUGUGCUGAGCUGGUUUGCCGACUUCAGCGACAAACUAGCGGCAUUCGCAGGCAGCCACGGGUCAAUCCCAACACAUCGGCAUCCACGACGGCCUCUUGCCCAGCCCAAUAAGCCAAUACAAGGUUCUACAGGAGAGCGCAAGUUGGACGUCGGUUUUGUCAAGGAUACGAGUGCUGGGAAAGACUCGCGGUGCCACUGGUCGCAGAUCUUGGUGCCUGGAGAGCUGAAGAGCAACCCGUCCGCCGACAAGGCCUCGAUGGCGUGGCUUGAUCUGGGGAGGUACGCGAGGGAGGUGUUGGCUGCGCAGAACGACCGUCGCUUCGUCUUGGGCUUUACCAUCUGCGGGUCCCUCAUGAGGGUAUGGGCAUUUGACCGGCUCGGGGGCAUCGCAUCGGAGCAGUUCGACAUUAACAAAGAUGGGCGUCAGUUUGUGUCCACGAUCCUUGGCUUUCUCUGGAUGAACGAGGAGCAGCUAGGGUUCGACCCGACAAUCAUGACGGCAAACGGGGAGCGAUUCAUCGAGGUCGAUCGGAAUGGUUCGACCGAGCGGAUCAUCAUCGACGAGGUGAUGCAGCGGGCGCCUUGCAUAGCUGGUCGAGCGACGACAUGUUGGAAAGCCCAUCCCGAAGGACGGCCGGAGAUGCUGCUUGUCAUUAAGGAUUCGUGGCAAUAUCCGGAACGAGAUGAAGAAGGCGAACUACUACGUGAGGCGACUGACAAGGGUGUCGUUAACGUAGCCCGGUACUAUCACCACGAGACGGUACAGAUUGACGGGGCAGAUGAUGACAUCCGGAAUAAUGUUCGAAGAGGGCUGGAUAUUACGCAAGCUGCGAACUACCGUCCGGAACGACCAAUCCGGCGGAACAACGUCGUGUCUGGCACAUCGAGAGAGGGUCGCGGCAGCGCCAGUGCCAGCAGAAAGCGGUCAUCUAGCCAAGCUGGCGCUCCUCUUCCUUCUAGCAAGCGAUCUUGUUCCGUGUCUUCAACGAGGGUCACCAGUUCAUUACCAAAUCGUGUACAUCGGCGUGUCAUUCUCCGAGACUACGGGAUGCCUAUCUACAAGGCGAGCUCCCGGUCAGCUCUGCUUGCUGCGUUUGAGCGGUGCAUCGAAGGGCAUGAAUCUUUGCAUAGGGCAGGCUUCCUUCACAGAGAUAUCUCGGUCAACAAUCUUAUGAUCAACGAGGAUGAUGAUAACCCCUCCUGGCCUUCCUUCUUGAUUGAUCUUGACCUGACCAUCAAGGAAUCGCGAGAGGCUGCAUCAGGAGCAAAGGGGAAGACCGGAACACGGGCUUUCAUGGCAAUUGGGGCGUUGCUAGGCGAGCGGCACUCCUUUAUGCACGAUCUGGAAUCAUUCUUCUGGGUCUUGUUUUGGUUAUGUAUUCAUUAUAACGGGCCCGGCAAGGGUAGAGUUGUUCCACGGUUUGAUAAGUGGAACUUUGUGGAGACGGAGGAGUUGGCAAUCUCCAAAAAGGGGGUAAUUGACGACGAAGGAGAUUUCCUGAUGAUUUUGGAGGCGAACUGCACAUUAUACUGCCACCCUAUAAUCCCAUGGGUCAACCGGCUACGGAAAGCGGUGUUUCCUAAUGGUGGCAGGAAUCGGGCGCGCUACUGGAUCGUUCGAGACGACAGCGAUAGCAACGGCCCGUUCGAUACAGCUAAUGCAGCUGAUGCUACAAGUCGGAGUGCUAUGGAUGAGCUUAUUGCUGCAAGUCAGGCUCGACUGGAAGAGGAAGAUGCCGUACGACUACGGAAGGGUGACUUGAAGGAAGAUAUCGACCGUGACUCACCGUGGGCCAAGAGGCUAGGCUGGUGGCUACGAGCGAGGGAAGUAACAGGCAGGUCAGCUGGAAGGCAAGAAGAUGAGGAGGCAGCUCGUGAACGACUGUUACUCACGCGGCUUGGAGAGAGCUUCGAUCGUGAGGUUCAACGUUGCUGCUGGCGACUCGACAGCGUGCCGACCGAGACAUUGCAGUGGCUUAACAGCAUUUCAUCAGUAACCCCGAGCGGCGUGCCGUUCGGUUGCAAAGGCAAGGAAGAAUCGAUGAGCCAGCAUAUCGAUAAUCGCAUUGGGCGGAAAGAAGCGUUUGAACGCUGGGCCGUUCGCUUUACGGAUGAGCAGUGGAGCUUGUUGCGCGAUGUUGCUGAAGAGCUCGAGAGGGACAGGGCUCCAAGCAGUCACGACAGCGGGUUCUUUAGCGGCAGAGAGAGACAAGCUAAGGAUAAAGACGGAGACAAAGACAAAGACGAAGAUGGAGAUGACGACGAAUAUCAGGAUGACGAUCAGGCUGGCGAAUCUAUCUACCGAUGUAGAUGA